AUGCAUCUUCAAUCCCUCACCGUGCCCUUGCUGGCAGCGUCGCUGCCGAUAGCAUCUGCUCAGCUUCAUCAUUAUGCGAAGAAGGCCGGUCUCCUGUACUUCGGUGCCGCAACCGAUUCUCCGGGUCAACGUGAGCGUGCCGGAUUGGAGGAGUCCUACGCUCAGUACGAUGCUAUCUUGGACGAUACCAAUGAGUUCGGCCAGACUACCCCUACCAAUGGUCAAAAGUGGCUCUUCGUCGAGCCGGAACCAGGAGUUUUCAACUUCACCGAGGGAGAAAUCGUCUCGUCCAUUGCCGAGGAGAAUGGUCAGCUCCUUCGUUGCCACGCCCUUGUGUGGCACAGCCAGCUGGCCCCCUGGGUCGAGACCACCGAGUGGACUCCUGAAGAGUUGACUGAGGUAAUCGUCCGCCAUAUCAAGGAGGUCGCGGGUCACUGGAAGGGUCGUUGCUAUGCCUGGGACGUUGUCAACGAGGCAUUGGAGGAGGACGGUAGCUGGCGCAAGUCCGUCUUCUACAACGUGCUCGGCGAAGACUACAUCAAGCUGGCCUUCCGUACGGCUGCCGAGGUCGACCCACACGCAAAGCUCUACUACAACGACUAUAAUUUAGAGACCGUUAGCCCCAAGAGCGAGGGCGCCAAGCGCAUCGUCAAGAUGCUUCAAGACGACGGUAUCAAGAUCGACGGCAUUGGCAUGCAGGCCCACCUCGUCGCUCACCGAGCGCCGACCUUGGACCAGCAGAUCGAUGUGAUCCGCAGCUACGCUGAGCUUGGCGUCGAGGUUGCCCUGACCGAAUUGGAUGUUCGUAUUCAGCUUCCAGUCAAUGAGACCAACUUGCAGUGGCAGAGAGACGCCUACAAGGCUUCCGUUGGCGCAUGUGUUCAGGUACCGGCCUGUGUUGGUGUUACAAUCUGGGACUUCUACGACCCCUUCAGCUGGGUUCCCUAUGUCUUUGAGGGUGAGGGGGCCGCACUGCUGUGGUUUGACGACUUCAGCAAGCACCCUGCUUACGAGGGUGCACUUGAGGCACUGAAGAACAAGACGGCUCCUCCCUGCCGGAGGCGACGUUCUAUUGAACCCAGCAAGAGCAAGAAGCUCUACUAG